GUGUGAUAGUAGUACUAGUGGGACAAUAAGGGAAGAAAAAUGAAUCACCUUCAAAUAUCAACCGAUCCUACCCUACUCGGGGCGGAUCUGCUACCGGAGUCGUUAACAACCUCACCCUCGGUGUCGACGUUUCUGCCGGAGGAGGACGCAUCGACGUGUUUGCUGCUCCCGGAGACACCAAGCCCACCGUUGGAUUUUUCGCACCCACUAACGCCAAGCAUGGGCAACGCGACGGACAACCAUGUCCGAGACUCGGUGGCUGGAGACGAUGAUCAGGCCGCGGAAACGAGCAGUUCCUCCGGAAGUUCGGGUAUAGGAAUGGUUGCACCGGUUGGCGCUGGUGCUGGAAAUCUGUUCAGCCAUAAUAGCUAUCAGCAUCUGCGCAAGAAGAGUGACGUCGUAAAGGCAAGUCAAGAUGGUUCAAUGCAUCAUGCAGCGAGUUUGGGAAUUGCUGUCACGAAAGAUAUGCCCGGCUUUGUGCACUGGAACUGGCCCCUAAUACGAAAGUGUACAUUCUUUGCGUUUCUUGCGCUUAUCGUUGCGAUGGUUGGAAUUGUAGUUGCCAUGAUCGCUACCUUGCCCAAGUCCUGCAAUCCACCUGCGACAUGGUACAAAGGUUCGGUGUUCUACGAAGUUUUUCCCGCCAGUUUUCAGGACACAAACGACGACGGACUUGGUGAUAUUCGCGGUCUGAUCGGACGGGCGGAGUACUUCAAAACCCUGGGCAUUGGAGCGGUUCGCUUAAACUCUAUCUUUCCCUCGAAACACUAUCCGGAUCACUUUCAGGAGGUUACCUCACUGUUGGACGUGGACGAAGUGCUUGGAAAGGUGGAAGAUAUACAGAAGCUAGCGGCCACCUUGCAUGAACGUAACAUCUCGCUUGUGUUGGAUCUUCCGAUACAUCCUUUUCUAGAGCAUCUCAGUCCACCGACGAUCGAUGUCGAUCGUUUACCGAAUCGUACCGAUGGUGAUAUGAUUACGAGCGAGUUCUUACGGUUAUCUCGCUCGGUAGCAUCCAAGGGCGACAGUACGGUAAUCUCCGAUGUGCUCCGCUUCUGGUUAACGCGCACCGGUGUGGAUGGGUUCUACGUCAAGGGUCUGGAACACUUUGCCGAAGAUCCACUGUUGGUAGAGAACGUAAAGGAGUGGAAGUAUCUGCUUGGCCCCGAUCGCAUACUGAUGGUAGGGCAGAAGUUCGUACAACAGCUCCCGGAGCGUAUAGUGCGCGAUGUGCUGUCCCAGGUGGAUCUGGUCGAUGUGUAUCUGGAUGUAAGCAAUGGGACGGAUGGGAUUGCAUCCACCGUGCAGGAUGCCAUUCAAGGUCGCCUGCUGCGUGGAGUCGAUCAUCCGUGGAUACACUGGAGUCUUGGUAGCGUUACGGAACGUAGACUCACGUCAGGUCUCAGUCCUAAUGCGACCCUUGCGGCAACAUUGAUGGAACUUACACUUCCCGGUACACCCAGCAUCUUUUACGGCGAUGAAAUUUCGCUUGAGGAAGCGAAUGAUCCAAAGGGCGAGCAUGUAGACACGCAACAUCUGCAUCAUCUAGCAGCGAUGGUUUGGGAUAGUACACAGAACCAGUUUACCAGUCGUGGUUCGUUACCGUGGUUGCCACGUAGUGCUUCCGCUUCUCUCCAUCAUUUGGAUUAUGUGAUUGAAGCAGUCGCACUUCGCAAACGAUCACCCUCGAUCUAUCUGAACGCGGUUGUCAAGGAGGAACAGACGCUACCCAACACGGACGUCAAGUCGAACCAGAAUGAGAUCCUGGUCAUUCAACGAUGGUACCCACGACGAAACUCUUUUGCUACGAUUGCCAACCUCGGUCAGAAGCGUGUGUCGCUCGAUUUAACGGCCAUGUUUUACAGUGGAGAAAUUGUUGCCGGAUCGUCCCUCAAGCACGAGCGCGUCUACUUUGAUCGGUUCGAGAUAAACCCACUGGAGACGAUAGUGGUAAAGUUACACAAAUAAAGUUGCCAACAGAAAACAGAAAAUUGAACCUUUAAUG